AUGAUACCCAGAGCCUCCAGUCGCCGUAUCCUCCGGGACCUGGUCCCCUCGCAUCGCUUCGCCCCGCGACCCUUCCUCCAACCCUUCACAUCCACGCCCUCCUCCCGCCUCCAAGCGAAGCGCCCGCCGCCGCCGCCGCCGUCUGCGCAAUCUCCUCUACAAACCCAGCAACAACAAGCCGCCGCCAACGCGGCCCUCUCGAACCUAUCCCAUCUCACCCCGGCACAAAUAACAGCCCUCCUGUCGUCAACACCACCACCGACAACACUACCAGGAGCAGCAGGACGAGGCAUCCCCGGCGCCCCUCCCCCUCCAAACGCCGCCCGACACCAACAACCACCCGCCGGCGCGACCCCCGGCCCAUCCCGCCGCUCCACCCUCCUCCGCCGCAGCCUCUGGGCCCUCUUCUUCUUCGCCCUCGGCUUCAAGCUCACAGCAGACCAGCUCGCCACCCUCCGCUUCACAACCCCCUUCCUCCACCCACCCGUCGUGAUAAACGACCCGCAAGAGAUCCCCCUCUACCGCGCCCACGCAACCUACCAAGCCAUCGAAGACUACCCGGUCCUCCAGUCCAUGGUCCCGGCGGCCCUCAACGAGCCCGUGCCGGACAGGGCCGAUAACGGCGUCAUGAUCGGCGAUAUCCCGCUCUCGCACCUGCGGCUGACGGACUGGGAAAACUGGGAACCCUACCGCGACUUCUCGCCCGAGAGAACAAAACACCACCUCUGCGCGGGGCCGGCCCUGAAUAGCCCCAACGGCCUCGGCCUCGUCAACAUUGUCUUCCGGCACAGGUACACGGGCGAGCUCAUCCUCGCCAUCAUGUUUGGGCAGGGCACGUCGGGCUGGCCUUCGGUAGUCCACGGCGGCAUGCUGUCUACCGUCAUGGACGAGGCCAUGGGUCGCCUCGCGGCGAUGAAUUUCACCGCCAACACGGCCGUGACGGCGAAGCUCGUGAUGGACUUCAAGGUCCCCGUCACGCCGGGCAUGCUCUACCUCGUUCGCGUGCACAAGGCGCUUCCCGACUUCCAGAAGGAGAGGCCUGACGAGGAGGACAAGACGGAUCGCAAGUUGUGGAUCGUCGGAAGGAUGGAGGAUCCGGAUGGGGCUACUGUUGUCGAGGCCAAGGGGGUUUUUGUGGUUCCCAAGGGGAUCAAGGUGGAGUCUAUGGGUAGGAGGUUCUGA